CCCAGGGCUUUAGGGUCUGAGGCCCAGAUCACAGUUACUCACAAAGCAUGAGCCAGUGCAUUAUCUCCGCAUGCUGUGGUGCAGAACUUUGUGUGGGAAGAGGCCCCUUGAAAGGCUUGUGAGCCGUAAAAAUAGAAACCCACAUAUCAAACGGGUCAGGUGCCAGAUCACAGAACAACAAACCAUGAAUGACAUUGUACAGAAGACUGAGAUUCUGCUUUCUUCAUCUAAACCUGUCCAAAAAUCCUAUGUGCCCAAACUUCACAAGGGUGAUGUAAAGGAUAAAUUUGAAGCUAUGCAGAAAGCAAGGGAAGAAAGAAAUCAAAGGAGGUCUAGAGAUGAAAAGCAAAGAAGAAAAGAACAGUAUGUUAGAGAGAGAGAAUGGAACAGGAGAAAGCAGGAGAUGAAAGAACUACUUGCUUCUGAUGAAGAAGAAGAAACAAAGUCUUCUAAAAUAGAAAAAGCUUAUGUUCCAAAGCUGACAGGAACUGUUAAAGGCAAGUUUGCAGAAAUGGAGAAGCAGAGACAAGAAGAAGAAAGAAAAAGAAUGGAGGAGGAAAGAAAGCGCAGAAUUGAACAAGAUAUGAUUGAGAAAAAGAAAAUUCAGAGAGAACUGGCAAAAAAAGCCCAGGAGAUUGAUGACAUAAACAAUACAGGAACUGAAUCAGCAGCAGAGGAAGGUGAUGAUUCGCUGCUGGUGACAGUAGUGCCUGUCAAACCUAACAAAACACCUGGAAAGAUUAAAAUAAAUUUUGAAGACCCAGGAGAUGAGAGAGAACAACAAGAAAAAAGAAAGCAAGAAGAAGAAAAGAGGAUAAGAUAUGCGGAACAAAAACGAUCCCUCAAGGAAGCCAAGUGUCUUUCAUUUGUCAUGGAUGAAGAUGAAGGCAGUGAAACAAAUGAACCUCUUUCUCCUGGGAAACUGAAAUUAACAUUUGAAGAACUGGAAAAACAAAGACAAGAAAAUCAAAGAAAGCAAGCAGAGGAGGAGGCAAGACAACGUUUGGAAGAGGAAAAACGUGCUUUUGAAGAAGCUAGACAACAAAUGGUAAACGAAGAGGAAGAAGAUAAAGAAAAUGAAAAUUCUAUUAAAGAAUUCCGUCCUGGUAAACUCAAGCUCAGCUUUGAGGAGUUAGAAAGACAGAGGAGAGAGGAAGAAAAGAGGAAAGCAGAAGAAGAAGCCAGAAGACGCAUAGAAGAGGAGAAAAGGGCAUUUGCUGAAGCAAGGAAGAGUAUGGUACUGGAUGAUGAGACCCCAGAGAUGUUUAAAACAGUUUCUCAAGAAUCUCUUACACCAGGUAAACUGGAAAUUAAUUUUGAGGAGUUACUGAGACAAAAAAUGGAAGAAGGAAAGAGACGCACUGAAGAAGAGCGCAGGCAAAAGUUGGAAAUGGAGAAGCAAGAAUUUGAACAGCUCAGACAAGAAAUGGGAGAGGAGGAGGAAGAGGCUGAAACCUUUGAAUUAAGCAGGGAAUAUGAAGAACUAAUAAAGUUAAAAAGAAGUGGUUCUAUUCAGGCAAAGAACUUAAAAAGCAAGUUUGAAAAAAUUGGAAAAUUGUCUGAAGAAGAAAUACAGAAAAAAAUUGAAGAGGAGCGAGCUAGAAGAAGAGCAGUGGACCAGGAAAUAAAAGAGAGGGAAACAGAAAAAUUUCAUGAGGAUGAUGAGAUAGAUGUGAAGCCUGCCAAGAAAUCUGAGGCUCCAUUCACCCAUAAAGUAAACAUGAAAGCUAGAUUUGAGCAAAUGGCAAAGGCAAGGGAAGAGGAGGAACAGAGAAGAAUUGAGGAACAAAAACUACUACGUAUGCAGUUUGAACAGAAGGAAAUUGAUGCUGCAUUACAGAAGAAAAGGGAAGAGGAGGAGGAGGAAGAGGGAAGUAUUAUAAAUGGUUCUACUUAUGAAGAUGAAGAGAACCAAGCUCGGUCAGGAGCUCCAUGGUUCAAGAAACCCCUAAAGAAUGUAUCAGUUGUAGAUAGUGAGCCAGUAAGAUUUACUGUUAAAAUUACGGGAGAGCCAAUACCUGAAGUCACAUGGUGGUUUGAAGGGGAAAUGUUGCAGGACUCCGAGGACUAUCAGUACAUUGAAAGAGGAGAAACUUACUGCCUUUACUUACCAGAAACUUUCCCAGAAGAUGAAGGAGAAUAUAUGUGUAAAGCGGUCAAUAGCAGAGGUACAGCAGCUAGCACCUGUAUUCUCACCAUUGAAAGUAAGAGUUAAUGUUUUAUCUUGUUUUGUUCGAGUGCCGAAUUACUUUACACCCCUUUCCUGUUACAAAGUCUAUUCCAUUUUUCUUGACUCUCCUUUUCUUUUCUAGCUGACGACUACUAAUGCUCUACUUUUGCUGGAACCUUCCUCUCAACUUUCUUACUGCAUCCAUCUCUUUUUCUGUGGUGGGGCCAAUAAAAGGAAACUAGAAAGUGUCAUUCCUAUAUCAGAUAGGGAUAUCCUUUGUACUGCAUGAGUGUUCAAGUUCUGUUACAAUGUGAAAUUUGGUAUCAGAGGCGUGUUACACUCAAACAAGGACUGGUAUGAAAAAGCCCAACUAUAGAAAAAACUGAAUUGUACUUGUGUUCCUACCUUUGAAGGCCAAUUAUUCUGUAGUAUAACAGUUAAAUACACAAUCUGGAAGUUCGAGAGGUAGGAAUACAUUCUGCAUGAGCACUAAGUUUUUAGCUGCUUUAUUUUGUCUCAGACUUAACAGGCAAAAGUG